AUGACCAAGAUUGCAUCUGCAUUUGAUUAUAAGAUCUAUCGAUUAUCUGACCAAAAGAUCAUUGAUGUGGACUACUCUAGAUUAUUACCUGAGAAAAUUCUCACAAAAAUGUCAAAAAUAGAGUUUAGGUGUUAUCUGAAAGAAGUCAAGAAAAGAGAAAUGCCAUUAUCACAACAAGAAAUCCUUUUAAUUAAAAAAAUUGACAAGAGGAUCAGAAAUAAAGAAACAGUAAGAAAGUCAAAGAAAAGAUUUAAAGAAGAUUUUAUUCUUGAAAAAGGACAGUAUGAUACUCUCUAUCAUAAAUACCAAGAAGUUAAACAGAAAAAUUUAGAAAUUAUUAAAAUAUUAGAACAGUGUGGUCAUUCAAAGGAUGCUGUUUGUCAAUUAAAAGAUAUGAUGAACAAUCUCAAUCACAACUUUGUUCAAUUUGAAAUCUAG